AGCCACACCAUCCCUAUCUAUCUAUCGUACCCACCGACCUGACCUUCUCAGCCUAUAUCCAGCUCCUGGGUUUCACCGCGCACGCGUCAGAGAUUUCGCUUGCACUCGCAUGGAUGCGCGCGCUGCAGAUACAUCCCUCGCGGAAGACAUUGUCCAUUGCGCUCGUGUUCUGGGCUGAAGUGUCCUUGCGCGGUCCGUUGUUUGAGGAGUGGGCAGAACGACGAAAUAAAGGGGAGAGUGAAUAUGGGCGGCUAGUUAGGUGGAUGACUGAGUGGGUCGGGGAGGAGGCUCCGACAGAGUGGGAUAUACAAAAGGCGUUGAGAGCGGUGGCCAAGAUGAGAGACAGUUCUUUUGGUUCAUCUUGAUGUACGAUUUUUCACAUUUUAAUGCCGCGUUUAUUGGUCGAAGUUAAUGCAGCAACCACUAAGCUCUGAGCUCCACCCGAUAAUCAUCUGUCUCACAACAAGCAAGUUACGCAAAGACAUCACAAGAAAUACAUAUCACUAGUUAACAAAUUGUCCGUAAAUCCCGAGCGAAGAAGAAAUAGUGCAGGGCAGAAUGAAGGAUUGGCUAAAGCAGGCAAACUG